AUGGCGAAUAAAGUGUUCACCGUGGACACCCACACCCAUGUCGUACCAGAAAUCUGGAGAGAAAUGCUGAUUUCUGCCGGCUACGCAACGAAGGAGGAGAACGGUACGGCCAUCUACGUAGACGGCUUCCGAACCCCCGAGUUCUCAAUCGAAUCAUACGUGAAGAAUCGGGAAGAAUGGGGAUACGACUAUUCAGUCAUGAGCAUCACUUGCCCCGGCGUCUCGCCUCUGAACGGCAACGCCAAAGCCAAGAAAUUGGCCCGUGAUUUGAACAACCAGAUGGCAGAAUGGAUUAAGCAGCAUCCCAAGACAUUGGGCGCAUGGGCCUGUCUUCCUUUGCCAGAUGUAGAGGCAGCGGUUGAGGAGGCCAAAUACUGCCUUGACGUGCUAGGCUUCGACGGUAUCGGCGUGUACUCAAACUAUAACGGUCGAUACAUUGGCCACGAAUUCCUCGAUCCCCUGUUUGAAGAGCUGAACCGACGAAAAGCCACCGUCUUUGUUCAUCCGACCGCACCCGCCGACGAGGUGAAGCUGCCGGGUGUGUCGUCGCCCGUGAUCGAAUACUGCUUUGACUCGACCAGGGCAGUCGCCAACAUGCUUUGGACCAAAGGCCGCCAGCGGUUUCCCGACCUCAAAAUAAUCUUCUCGCACGGCGGAGGAACUCUUCCCUUCCUUGCCGGCCGUUUGGCUCUCCAGACCACCUUCCCAUUCCACGGAGGUUGGGAUUUCGACAAGUCAAUGGAGGUUUUGAAGAGUUUUUAUUACGACCUGGCUGUUGGCACAUACGAGCCUCAGCUGGCCGCACUGACGUCCCUGGUGGGAACAGACAAGCUCCUCUUUGGCUCAGACUUCCCUCACCUUCCAGCUCACAGACUGCAACAACACGAGGACGGCCUUACAGCAUACAAGUUCUCCGAGGAAGACACAAAGAAGAUCCGUGGUGAAAAUGCCUUGGCGAUCCUGCCAAAAAUAAAGGCCAAGCUCAACAAGUAG